AUGAAAUCAGUAUUAAUCCAUAGGGGAAACACUUAUAAAACCAAGAGCAACAGACGUGUGAGGAAAGUGACGCCAAGCAAGAAGGUGGUGAAUGUGCGAGUGGGAAAGAAGGGAGCGAUGCACAGGUGCCACGACUGCAACCAGAAAAUAACGAGCAUCAUUCAAAUGAGAACUGCCAAAUUCUCAAGGCAAAAAGUGUCAAAGAGAAGGGUGAGCAGACCACUUGGUGCAACACAUUGCUCCAAAUGCGUAGCAAAGAAGAUUACAGUGGACUUCUUCAACAACGAGACCAGGGCAGUUAAUAAAUAA